AUGAACGCCUGGCUCGCCGACGCCUCGAACAUCCCUGGCCAGGAGAAUGGGGCCUUUAAUCCUUCAACGAUCGACCCUUCGGCCGCUUUCCUCCAUGCUUCGUCGACCCCUCAGGAUCCUAACCAGUUCCAGCGCAUGUUCAACAAUGGCGUGCCGCGGAAUGCCUCGCCAGGCUUCCACAACCCCAACCAAGUGAUUCCAUCAAAGCGGCCUCGACCGGAAGAUGGGAUGCCUAUGUCGCCGCGCCCAGGACCUGGCGGCGUGAAUGGUUCGCGAUCGCAAACUCCUCAUCAAGUUCCAUAUCCCGGAUAUCAGGGAGGUACCAAUGGGGCAGCGCAGUUUUCGCAACACCCUACUCCUUAUCAACACCUUCAACAGCAGACCGCGUCGCCUAAUGUAACACAGUCGCCUAUCAUGCAGCAAGACUUUGAUCAAGGAAGCGUCCGGGUGGGAACGGCAUCUCCAAGUCCUUUCUCACCAGCUGGUCCACAUGUUGGCGGUGGUGGCGGCUCACACAUGUCACCGUCACAGUCAGACCAUGGAAGCCGUGUGAACACCCCACAGAACAACAACUUCAUGCCAGGGCAAGCAUACCCUCAGGGUAUGCCUGGUCAAUUCCAGCAAGUUCCGGGGAUGAACCAAGGCCAACAACCCUCUAUGCCGCCACAGCAGCUCAAUAGCAUGCAACAAAUGCCACAUCAAUACCAUCAAGCGAUAGCCGCCCAGCAGCAACGAUUGCGCGCCAUGCAAAUGCAGAACCAAGGGCAACAGAUGCCAGGUCAGCAGAUGCCAGGUCAGCAAAUGCCAGGGCAGCAAAUGCAAGGUCAACAGAUGCCGGGUCAACAUAUGCCGGGUCAACAGAUGCCGGGUCAACAGAUGCCAAACCAGCAGAUGAAUAUGAAUCCUCAGAUGGCCGGGCGUCCUGGCCCCGGCGGUAUGAAUGCUAUGGCCAAUCCUCAGCAGAUGGCGGCCAUCCGUCAAAUGCAACAAAACAUGCCGAAACCUAACAACCCUGAGAUGUUCCUGCGCGGUCUACAGAAGUUCAUGAUGUCCAGAAACCUCCCCUUUGACCCCAGCCCGGUCAUUUGCGGCCGCCCGAUCAACCUUGUGCAGCUUUAUGGAACUGUUAUGAAGAUGGGCGGGUCCAAGAAGGUGACUGGGAUGAAUAUGUGGCCUGCAGUUGCACAGCAACUUCAAUUUCCUCAGAUGCAAUUUCCUUCAGCUGCACAAGAGGUGCGCGACUACCACCAGCGGAACUUGGCACCGUACGAACAAGCAUACCUCGGCUCGCAGCAGAAGCAGUUCGACCAGAUGCAGCAGGGCGGUAUGCCUCGCCAGCCCAGCGACCCUUCGGCCAUGCAGCAGUUUCAAUCACCCACCGCCAAACCAGGUCAGAACUUCGAACAGCCUCAACAAAUUAAUCACUCUCCUCAAAACAAUACUCCCGUCGCCAAUCAUGUUCAAGCUGCUCAGGCCAAUGGUUUCGCCACGCCAACACAAGCCAGAAGCCAGAGCAAGCCUCCCCAGUCUGGACAACGACUUAGUGUUUCCCGCCCAUCUCAGCCUCCAGCCCCUAUGCCGGAGGGACAAUUCACCGCGCCCUCCCCUUCACAACAAUCAAAGGGCGCGCCGCCAACCCCCAAAACACAACCACGGCAACCAGCACAAAAAAUGGAAGAAUUUGUCAAAAAGCCAAUAGAGGAUCCGUUCAAGCCCAUGGUUCUCACAGAAAGACGUCUUCAUGGGCCCAUUGCAGUGGACGAGAUGUACCAGAUUGGUGAUGAUAUCUCAAGGCUUCGGCCAAUAGCACCAAGCUUUGCCGAGCUCGGUGUGAUCGAUAUUCAUGCUCUUACCAUGAGUUUGAAGUCAGGCAUUCAUUCCGAGAUUCGCGUCUCUCUCGAUACCCUGACCACUCUUUCUUGUGAGCCACAGGUGCAAAUCUCUCUUGAGAACUGUGAUGAUUUGGUGGAGAGUCUUGUUGACUGCGCUGAAGACCAAGCAGACUUCCUGGCUGAAAACAUCCCAGAGUCCUCGGAUACGAUUAUUCUCCGUUCUUACGAGGAAGUGGUCAGAGGCUGCCACUCUGAACACGCAUCUCUUGCCGAUGUGCCUGAGUUUGGAAGCCUUGAUUAUGACCUUGACCGAGCGGUGGAGCGACUCAUCUGUGUUACCACCAUUCUUCGCAACUUCUCCUUCAGCGAAUCGAAUUUUGGAGUUUUGGGAAUGCCUGCAGUCACCCAAUGCUUUGCUAAUAUCUUCCGGAAUAUUGGAACUCGAAAGAUGUUCUUGCGACGUGAUCAGAACACAUUGAACUUGAUGAAAGAUGCUGUGGUUUUCAUGGGCAACCUCGCCCACUCCAUGCAAAUACCCGGAAAGGAUGAAGCGUUGAGCCUUUUGCAUUUCCUUCUAGCAUUCUCACCAUUGCCCGAGGCCACCUCAAAACAAGGCCAAGCUAUGUUUUCGGAAUUCAAUCCCUCCAUUCACCGGUACACCCCCGCUGCCGUCGACGGUCUCGCCAAGCUACUUGCAAGAGAUGAUCCUAACCGGGCCUACUUCGCUGCCAUCUUCUCUGGUGAUGGAUCUGCACCGCCUCAGCCGGAUCUCCUGACGCGCGCAUUUGGACUUGCGAUAUCCUGCGUUCCUCAUAACAAGGCCCUGGGAGUCGUGGAUGCUCGCAAGGUGUUCCUUCUGCAGGGUCUCUUGGCCGCCGAUGUGCUGACUUCGUUCGCGGAUGGGCCCAUGGCUAAAUCAUGGCUUGGGUCUGUGGAUGGCUUCGCCAUUCAUCUCCUCCGACUAUCCUGCGCCCUAUGCACGGACCGCAUCCCCCAGAUCAACAUGCGCCAACGAGCACAAGAACCCGAAGCAUAUGCAUUUGGAGCACUUGUUCAUCGUGGACUGGCCAUUCUGCGCCGCCUUGCCGAGAAGUCCAAGCAAGUGGACAAAUCCUCCUCUCUAUGCUUCCCGUCUGGGAUCACCCCUCGCAAAGAGAGUCUUCUUGGGGCUUUGCUACUUCCGAACAUGGACCCGAAUAUCAUCCGUCAACUCGUCAGCUAUGCUCGACUCGCCGAGUAA